AUGAGUGAGAGAGAGAGUCCCGCAGAUGCUGGGCCCGAGAAAUCCGUGCACCCGCUUCAGUUUUCCUGGACGUUUUGGUAUGAUAUGCCCCGGGGAAUCAAGCCUUCCCAGGAGAACUGGAGCAACAACGUCAAGCCGUUUGCCGAGGUCGACACGGUGGAAAAGUUCUGGGCCGUCAUGAAUAAUAUCGUGGAACCGUCUCGGCUUCCGCCUGGUUCCAACCUGCACGUUUUCAAGCACGGAAUCAGGCCUGAGUGGGAAGACGCCAUGAACGAGGCCGGGGGCAAGUGGGUAGUCACCCUGCCAAAGAAGGAGCUCCCCCGAAUCGAUGAGUUCUGGCUGAACUCGCUCAUUGGGAUUCUGGGAGAACACUUUGAAGCGAAGGCGAGUGAUGACAUUUGUGGGCUCGUGGUGAGUGUUCGCAAAGACAGAGGCCGACUGGCGCUUUGGAACAAGAGCGCUUUACGGGAGGACUUGCGGCGUUCUAUUGGAAAAAGGUGGCGCGAAAUCCUGUCUAGUGGCGGACUGCCGCGCGAUCUUGAUCUUGAAUACAUGGUACACAAGGACGCUAUGGCGUAUGAUCGCUCGUAUGUGAGUAAGGCGCUCGAUCGCCUCUGA